AUGAGUGAGAAAUUGUCCAAAUCCCUUACAGGGGCGGGGGCAUCUGUCCCGAAUAAAAUGAAACUUUAUGCCACUUGGGUUGAUAGGACACCGUCGAAUUGUAUACCAAGGCUCUGUUCUCUAACUCUGACGCGUCUGGCUAUCUUGCGCCCCUUGGGUUCAGACCUGGCUGCCAUAUCCAUAGCCGUGAAAAUGCAGUCCAGCAAGAGAACUCUCCGCUCAAACGACCUCAUACUACCCCAAGGGGGGCUGCUUGACACUCCAUUGGACGUCACUUUCUGUCUGCAGUACCCCCAUUUCUUGAAGAGGGAGGGCAAUAAGCUGCACAUACUGCUGCAAAGAAGAAAGAGGUACAAGAAUCGCACCAUGUUGGGGUUCAAGACUUUGGCCGAAGGUGUCAUACGGAUGGAUCAGGUGCUGCAGAAGCAGAUGGACAUCGAGCUGGACCUGAUGCCCGACCCCAACGGCAAGGACGGCAAACAGGCCGUCGGCCCCCUAGCCCGCCUCUCCCUCCUCCAGCUGACCUCCACGCCCGUCGACCACGAGCACAAACUGGGCGCGGCGGAGCACGACUACAGCGACGACGACGACGAGAUCAGCUCGGGGGAGGAGGAGGCGGUCGACUUGUCGGACAGCGAGCCAAUGCGGAAAAUGCCGCACGCCAGGCACAAUCUCAAGCAGCGGUUCGUGUCGCUGUUGAGGAGGUUCCGGGUGCCGGACUCUGAAGGUGGCCGAGUGAGAGACUGUUUGGACAACCCGAGCGACAUCCAGGCGCUGUUCCAGGAGCUCGAGUCACUGAGCUGCGACGAGGAUUCGGGGGGCGAGCAGGACACCAUGUCAAUCACCAGUACGCCGAAGCCGAGCCUGCGGCCGUUCUUCAGCUCCAGCAGGAGUUUGCUGGAUAGCGGGGCGGUGCCUUUCGUGGAGGCCGACAGGCACGAGGAGAGGACGUGCUCAGGCUCCGACGGCAACGCGGACGUCUGCUUCACCGACCCCGAGGCGCACAGCGACCCGCCGACGGGGUCGCCGCCGCGCGAGCAGGCUGGGGGCGGGGGAGGCGGCGGUUGCGGGCGCGGCAGGCCGGCCGGGGACGGCGAGCUGUCGGCCAUCGUGCAGGAGCUGAGCGAGCGCAAGUCGAAGCUGUUCCGGUCGGCGGCCGCGGCGGCCAAGAAGAAAUGCUCGCCCAGCGCUGGGGUCGACCCGCCCGUCGAGGCGGUCACCCCUCGAAAAGUGUUCUUGGAGUUGGUGUGCAAAGUAUUGUCUCCCGAAGAGAACGUCCUACCAGAGAGCGUCGUGUUUCUGUCCGGUCCCGACAGCGUUACGGUUCCUCUGAGUGUGAGGUUCGGUCCGCAGCACAAGGUGUUCCAACCCUUGUCCGCCGUAGAAACCAAGGCUGUACUGACCACACUUUUCAACAAAAUCCACAAGUACUGCAACAGUUGUGCCAAACCCGGUACGUCCAUCAAACUCCUCCUGAUAGGCGGAGACACCCUGAUAGGAUGGUUCGUCCGUCCCUAUGUGGAACUCCUCUCCAGCAAAACGUCCGAAUGGCUCUCGUACACUCGCGUCUAUAUCGUCCCUUUGGGGAGCUGCAACAUAUCCAGGCAACUUUCUACUCUAGACCCAGGUUACCAAUCGCUGUUUCCCAGCGACCAAGAACUGAAGAUCGAAGAGCUGUCCCAGCGGGUGCUGAGAUAUCUGGCGGGGCCCCCUAGUGCUCCGUUGGCUCACAUGCCCGUCGGGGAGGCGAUGCUCACUUGUCACGACGAGAACAGUCAGCUGUUUAUUCCGUUCGUCAGUGAGGUGAGAGUCGGUCCUGCCGAUCAAUACCAGUCCGUCUCCGUCGACCUCGACGACUUGAUCUGCUCCAGUCCGCCUGCCCCUUCGUUGACGCCCCCUUCGUCUCCGAACGUGCAGGCUCGCGAAUCGCCCUGGGAACCACUCGAGUUGCAGGUGGACUAUUGGCAGGUGCCGAAAGCUGGCGACAGCGCUUUAAAGACUGACAAAGACAAGGUCAAGCAGGACGGAAAGACGUCCCUCAAGGCACUGUUCAGGGGCCUGCAGGCCUCUCCUACUACCACUUCAGGGUUGAACCUCACCGUGCAUUUGGCCAACAAGGAGAAAAAACAAAAAAUUAUGAGAUUGGGCAAAAAAAAGGAGAAAGAAAAGGAGAUGGAGCCUCGCAGUCAAAAUGUGGAGGGAGUACUGAGGCUGAUAUGUUCUGCGCGUGCUUCUCACAAUACCCCCAUGAAAGUAUACAUUGAUGGAGUGGAAUUCGGUGGGGUGAAAUUCUUCCAGCUUUCCUCAACCUGGCAAACUCACGUGAAAAACCUGACUGUAGCACUAGCCGGAGUACCGCUGGCUAGUACCGAGAUGCACUGA